GUUAUAUAUCAUCUGAAGCAAGCUCAUCCAGCGACUAUAAAAGCAGAAUCGUUGCAGCAAGAACGUGGAGUCUAUCAAAUUGUACACUCUUUCAGUCAACAUGAACUUCCUUCUCCCCUUCGCCCUGACAACCUUGCUCCCCUGUCUCGCACAUACUCUUGCCAGUGCAAUCGUCUUCAACAACUGCACAGAUACCACGGUCUACCUCUGGUCCGUAGGAUCCAGAAUCGGUGACGUACAGACGAUAGAUACCGGGAAAACAUACUCUGAAGAAUUCCGGCAUGACUCGCAGACCGGCGGCAUUUCAUUGAAGAUAACCACGGUACCAGACGGUAUAUACACGAGCAGCCCCGAGACCGAUUAUGCAUAUAGCCUGGUUGAUGAUAACACCACGGUUUGGUACGACAUUUCUGAUGUGAACGGAGAUCCCUUCGCGAAUUACACCGUUGCUUUGGUACCCUCCAGCGGCGCUUGUCGAGGUUUUGUUUGGGAGAAUGGAGUGUCGCCAUCGGGCACUCAUACGGCUUCCUGUAGUGCUGAUGUGGAU